AGUCUGCUGCUUGCUCCCCACACGUCGAUAUGGUGCGAAUUUUGUUGCUAGCUGUUGUCGCUGCACUUAUCAGUGGCAGUCAGGGCGCCAAUAUUUUGGGUCUAUUUACCAGCCUAAGUCCCUCGCACUUGAUUAUACAAAUGUCGGCUGUAAAGGCACUCGCAGAGCGGGGACAUAAUGUGACAGUGGUGACUGUUCUGCAGCCGGCAGUUAGCCACAAGGAUAUCAACGUGAUACGCGUACCGCUGAGCGCGGAGGAGAGCCAAUACCUAAGCGAUCUCUUUGCGGAAAUGUCAAGGAACGAUGACAAAAAUAUGCUCUACGCCAUGUUCCGCAUGUUCGGACAGAUGGGAUUUAUGUCACAGAAAAUGGCGGAUGCCUUUAAGGAUCCCCGAGUGCGCGAUCUCUAUGAUAACAAGGAAAACCGAUUCGAUCUGGUUCUGUCGGGCUUUGCCCUGAACGAUUAUCAGAUGGGUUUUGCCCAGAAGGUCAAAGCACCACUAAUCGUGCUGGCCACUAUGCCCCCAGGCCCGUUGCUCAACUACCUCAUUGGCAAUCCGGAAGAGCUGUCAUAUGUCCCCGGCAUGAAUGAUUCGGUGGAAAAGGGAGAGGGCAUGAGCUUCACACAGCGUCUAAGCGGAUACCUGAUGGGCCUUGGCUAUAAAUUGUUUUCUAGAAUGAUUGAGAGGCGCAGCCAAAAGUAUUACAAAGAACUCUUUGGCGAUGAUCCCAACAUGCCCGAGUACUCGGAGAUGAUGAAGAACGCCUCCCUCGUGUUCUUUGCUUCCCAUGCACUGAGCGAGGGACCCGUGCGACCCAAUGUCCCUGGUGUGGUUGAGAUUGGUGGCAUUCAGAUCAAGGAUACGCCCACUCCACUCCCCCAGAACAUGGAGGAGUUCCUGGCCAAUGCCACAAAUGGAGGAAUACUCCUCAGUCUCGGCUCCAAUGUGCAGGGAAAGCAUCUCAGCCCCGACACCGUCCACAAAAUGUUCAAUGUCCUCUCAAAGCUGAAGGAGAGAGUAAUCUGGAAGUGGGAGGAUCUAGAGAAUACCCCCGGCAAAUCGGACAACAUUCUCUACUCCAAGUGGCUGCCACAGGACGACAUCCUGGCCCAUCCCAAGAUCAAACUGUUCAUCAACCACGCGGGCAAGGGAGGCCUCACAGAGGCCCAGUACCACGGAAAACCAAUGCUAUCCCUUCCCGUCUUUGGGGACCAGCCCGCCAAUGCCGAUGGGAUGGUCAAGAAGGGUUUCGGCCUCACUCUCAAUCUCCUAACCCUCGAGGAGCAGCCCUUCCGCGAGGGCAUCGAGGAGAUCCUCUCCAACCCUAAGUACUCCCAGACAGUGUCCACGUUCUCCAAGCUCUAUCGCGAUCGUCCACUCACUGCCCGGGAGUCGGUCAUCUACUGGACCGAGUACGUGAUCCGGCACCAUGGAGCGCCCCAUCUGCAGAGUCCCGUGAUGCACAUGAGCUUCAUAGCAGCCAACAACUUGGAUAUCUACGCUAUCUUAGCCAUCAUUGUAGUUGUUUUGCUGCUGCUGACAAAGGCUGUGAUUAAGUUCAUCAUCAGGAAGCUCUCCUCGAAGUCAAAGAAGGUCAAGAAGCAGUAAAGUGUGAGGAGUAGGAGUUUGUUGCGACACUCCUCUGAGCAUUCUGCCAACGGAUAGGCACAAUCCAUAGUGAAAAUACUCCAAACUCUCUUU